UGCAGCUCAGUGAGUUUUUCUCUCUAUGAAGAGAAAAGAGUCAGAACUGUUUGAUUCUCCGUCAGAUUUUUGUUCCAGAGUAACUUCCUGUCCCUGCAGCUCUGUUUACGUCGUUUGGUGUCGAUGUAACCUCGAUCAUCGUGAUCGGGUUCUAGCUCAGUUCAGAUCAGUUCUGCGUUGUGUGAAUAAGGAGACAGGAUGAGAUGAAAUGAUGUUUAUCUGUACGGAACAGAACCAGGACUGAUCAGGAAUCGGGUUCAUCACAGCGGGUACAGCACCUCGCGCUCAUCUCAUGAACUGGCGACAAGAUGUCUGCCUUCACUUUAUGUAACACUGCCAACUACCAGGAGGGGGCGCUGUUUCACCCAUUACACAUGAACCAUAACUUGGAAGUAAUUAACUAUGUUACAUCAGCAGCAAUAAAUGUGUUGAUAAUGAUUGUUUCUGGUUCUGGUCCAAAUAUCAUCCUCCAGUCUUCAGUACCGAAUCUGGACCAUCAGAAUCAGAGCCAGAAGAUGGAAGAUCAGGACAGAGCAGAACCUCCAGGACCCAUCAGUCCAUCUAUGAGGAGUGAUUGGUCCAAAGAUGAACCUCCAGACUUCAGUAAUGAACCUGGACCAUCAGACAGAAAGAGGAGCUUUGGUGAGGAGGAGCAUCCAUCCUGCUGUGCUUUGGGUCAGAAUGUUCUGAUGGAUCCGGUCUGUACCAGCUGCCCCCAGUGUGGGAAACAACCCAGAACAGGAUCUGGAUGGCUGACAGCCAAUCAGAGCAGCUGUGCUCCAGAUGUUGGUCUGCAGGAGGUUCUAGAGGAACAUAAGAUCAGUGUGAGGAGAAGAUGUGAAUGUGUGACUGAGGGAAGUGAUGAAACAGGAAGUAGAUCCCUCCUCAACAGGAUCUACACUGAUCUCUACAUCACAGAGGGACAGAGUGACGAGGUUAACACCCAGCAUGAGGUGAAGCAGCUGGAGAGAGCUUCCAAGUUUCAGAACCUCCAUGUUUCUGCAAUCAGAUGCCACGACAUCUUUAAAGCCUUCCCUGAUCAACAUGGAGUUAUCAGAGUGGUUCUGACCAAUGGCGUUGCUGGUGUUGGAAAAACCUUCUCAGUGCAGAAGUUCACUCUGGACUGGGCUGAGGGACUGGAGAACCAAGAUAUCAGUGUGGUGGUUCUGUUUUCUUUCAGGGAGCUGAACUUGAUCAGAGAUGAGCAGCACAGUCUUCUCACACUGCUCCAUGUUUUCCAUCCAACUCUCCAGAAGCUCCCAGCAGAGCAACUGGUUAAAUGCAAACUUCUCUUCAUCUUUGACGGUCUGGAUGAAAGCAGAUUUUCACUGGACUUCAACAACAGUCAGCUGGUUUCUGACGUCACCCAGAAAUCAUCAGUCAAUGUUCUGCUGACAAACCUCAUCAAGGGGAACCUGCUUCCCUCGGCUCUCAUCUGGAUAGCUUCCCGACCUGCAGCCGCCAAUCAGAUCCCUCCUUCAUGUGUUACCAGGGCAACAGAAGUACGAGGCUUCACCAAUGCCCAGAAGGAGGAAUACUUCAGGAAGAGGUUCAGUGAUGAAAAGCUGUCCAGCAGAAUCAUCUCCCACGUCAAGACCUGCAGGAGCCUCCACAUCAUGUGUGGAAUCCCAGUCUUCUGCUGGAUCACUGCUACAGUUCUGGAGAACAUGUUGACCUCAGAGCAGAGAGGAGAGCUGCCCAAAACCAUGACUGACAUGUACUCACACUUCCUGCUGGUCCAGACAAAGAGGAAGAACAAGUACCAUGGAGGACAUGAGACAAGUCCACAGGAGCUGAUGGAGGCUGACAGGGAAGUUCUUCUGAAGCUGGGGAGGCUGGCGUUUGAACAUCUAGAGAAAGGAAACAUCAUGUUCUAUCAAGAAGACCUGGAGCAGUGUGGUCUGGAUGUCACAGAGGCCUCGGUGUACUCAGGAGUUUGUACAGAGAUCUUCAAAAGAGAGAGUGUGAUCUUCCAGAAACCAGUUUACUGCUUUGUUCAUCUGAGCGUCCAGGAGUUUCUGGCUGCAGUCUACAUGCUCCACUGUUUCACCAGCAGGAAGUCAGAGGUGAUCAAGACGUUUCUGGGAGAAAAAUACAGAGAAACAUCUCUAGAUGAGUUCAUGAAGAAAGUCAUGGAGAAAUCCCUCAGCAGUAAAAAUGGCCACCUGGACCUGUUUGUCCGCUUCCUUCAUGGUCUCACUGUGGAGUCCAACCAGAGACUCUUAGAAGAUCUGCUGGGUCAGACAGAGAACAGUCCAGAAACCAUCCAGAGAAUCAUCACCAACCUGAAGGAGAUGAACACUGAUAGAAUCUCUCCUGACAGAAGCAUCAACAUCUUCUACUGUCUGGUGGAGAUGAACGACGUCUCAUUUUAUCAGGAGAUCCAACGGCUGCUGGAUUCAGGGAAGCAGCUCUCAGUGACUGACUGUUCAGCUCUGGCCUUCAUGCUGCAGAUGUCAGAGGUUCUGGAUGAGUUGGACCUGGAGAAGUACAACACAUCAGAGGAUGGACGACUGAGACUGGUUCCAGCUGUGAGGAACUGCAGAAAGGCUCGACUUGGUGGCUGUAGGCUCCAAAAUUAUGAAUGUGAAGUUUUGGCCUCGGCUCUGAAGUCCAACCCAGAUCUGACUGAACUGGAAAUAAGUGAGAUCUUCAUAAAUAAAGGUGGAGACUCUGAUCUGAAGCCUCACCUUGAGAUCCUGGAGAGUUCAGUCAGUAAAGUGAAGAUUCUGAGAUCGCAUGACCACAGUUUCUCAGAGACCGGCUGGACUUCUCUGUUCUCAGCUCUGAAGUCCAAACGGACCCAUCUGACAGAACUGAUCCUGAUCGAAACCAACCUGGAAGGUUUUGGAGUGAAGGAGCUCUGUGAUUUUCUACAGACUGAAGGCUGCAGACUGGAGACAUUGAUAUUGCAGAAAUGCAGUUUGUCAGAGGCCAGCUGGACUUCUCUGUUCUCAGCUCUGAAGUCCAAACCGACCCAUCUGACAAGACUGGACCUGAGCGCAAUCAACCUGGAAGAUUCUGGAGUGAAGGAGCUCUGUGGUUUUCUACAGACUGAAGGCUGCAGACUGGAGACAUUGAGUUCUUUAUUCAGGUUGUUUAACAGCAGUUUGUCAAAGAUCAGCUGUUAUUAUUUGGCCUCAACUCUGAAGUCCAACCCGACCCGUCUGACAGAACUGGACCUGGGAGGAAACGAGCUGGAAGAUUCUGGAGUGAAGGAGCUCUGUGGUUUUCUACAGACUGAAGGCUGCAGACUGGAGAAAUUGAUAUUGUUCAGCUGCAGUUUGUCAAAGAUCAGCUGUGAUUAUUUGGCCUCAACUCUGAAGUCCAACACGACCCGUCUGACAGAACUGGACCUGGGAGGAAACAACCUGAAGGAUUCAGAUGUUCAGCAGCUGAAGAAUCUUGUAAAGACUGUAAAGAGGAGCUUUGGUGAGGAGGAGCAUCCAUCCUGCUGUGCUUUGGGUCAGAAUGUUCUGAUGGAUCCGGUCUGUACCAGCUGCCCCCAGUGUGGGAAACAACCCAGAACAGGAUCUGGAUGGCUGACAGCCAAUCAGAGCAGCUGUGCUCCAGCAGAUGUUGGUCUGCAGGAGGUUCUAGAGGAACAUAAGAUCAGUGUGAGGAGAAGAUGUGAAUGUGUGACUGAGGGAAGUGAUGAAACAGGAAGUAGAUCCCUCCUCAACAGGAUCUACACUGAUCUCUACAUCACAGAGGGACAGAGUGACGAGGUUAACACCCAGCAUGAGGUGAAGCAGCUGGAGAGAGCUUCCAAGUUUCAGAACCUCCAUGUUUCUGCAAUCAGAUGCCACGACAUCUUUAAAGCCUUCCCUGAUCAACAUGGAGUUAUCAGAGUGGUUCUGACCAAUGGCGUUGCUGGUGUUGGAAAAACCUUCUCAGUUCAGAAGUUCACUCUGGACUGGGCUGAGGGACUGGAGAACCAAGAUAUCAGUGUGGUGGUUCUGUUUUCUUUCAGGGAGCUGAACUUGAUCAGAGAUGAGCAGCACAGUCUUCUCACACUGCUCCAUGUUUUCCAUCCAACUCUCCAGAAGCUCCCAGCAGAGCAACUGGUUAAAUGCAAACUUCUCUUCAUCUUUGACGGUCUGGAUGAAAGCAGAUUUUCACUGGACUUCAACAACAGUCAGCUGGUUUCUGACGUCACCCAGAAAUCAUCAGUCAAUGUUCUGCUGACAAACCUCAUCAAGGGGAACCUGCUUCCCUCGGCUCUCAUCUGGAUAGCUUCCCGACCUGCAGCGGCCAAUCAGAUCCCUCCUUCAUGUGUUACCAGGGCAACAGAAGUACGAGGCUUCACCGACACCCAGAAGGAGGAAUACUUCAGGAAGAGGUUCAGUGAUGAAAAGCUGUCCAGCAGAAUCAUCUCCCACGUCAAGACCUGCAGGAGCCUCCACAUCAUGUGUGGAAUCCCAGUCUUCUGCUGGAUCACUGCUACAGUUCUGGAGAACAUGUUGACCUCAGAGCAGAGAGGAGAGCUGCCCAAAACCAUGACUGACAUGUACUCACACUUCCUGCUGGUCCAGACAAAGAGGAAGAACAAGUACCAUGGAGGACAUGAGACAAGUCCACAGGAGCUGAUGGAGGCUGACAGGGAAGUUCUUCUGAAACUGGGAAGGCUGGCGUUUGAACAUCUAGAGAAAGGAAACAUCAUGUUCUAUCAAGAAGACCUGGAGCAGUGUGGUCUGGAUGUCACAGAGGCCUCGGUGUACUCAGGAGUUUGUACAGAGAUCUUCAAAAGAGAGAGUGUGAUCUUCCAGAAACCAGUUUACUGCUUUGUUCAUCUGAGCAUCCAGGAGUUUCUGGCUGCAGUCUACAUGCUCCACUGUUUCACCAGCAGGAACUCAGAGGUGAUCAGGAGAUUCCUGGAAGAAGAAUGCAAUGAAACGUCUCUGGAUGACUUCAUGGAGAAAGUCAUGGAGAAAUCCCUCAGCAGUAAAAAUGGCCACCUGGACCUGUUUGUCCGCUUCCUUCAUGGUCUCACUGCGGAGUCCAACCAGAGACUCUUAGAAGAUCUGCUGGGUCAGACAGAGAACAGUCCAGGAACCAUCCAGAGAAUCAUCACCAACCUGAAGAAGAUGAACACUGAUAGAAUCUCUCCUGACAGAAGCAUCAACAUCUUCUACUGUCUGGUGGAGAUGAACGGUCUCAUUUAUCAGGAGAUCCAACGGCUGCUGGUUUCAGGGAAGCAGCUCUCAGUGACUGACUGUUCAGCUCUGGCCUUCAUGCUGCAGAUGUCAGAGAAGGUUCUGGAUAACUUGGACCUGGAGAAGUACAACACAUCGCCAGAUGGACGACUGAGACUGGUUCCAGCUGUGAGGAACUGCAGAAAGGCUCGACUUGGUGGCUGUUCGCUUCGAAAGGCUGAAUGUGAAGUUGUGGCCUCGGCUCUGAAGUCUGACCCAGAUCUGAUUGAACUGGAAAUAAAUCAGAUCAAACUGACAGGAAAAACCUUUGGAGACUCUGAUAUGAAGCCUCUGCUUGAGAUCCUGGAGAGUUCAGUCAGUAAAGUGAAGGAACUGAGUUUGAGGGACUGCAGUUUAUCAGAGACCAGCUGGACUUCUCUGUUCUCAGCUCUGAAGUCCAAACCGACCCAUCUGACAGAACUGUACCUGUACAGAACCAACCUGGGAGAUUCUGGAGUGAAGGAGCUCUGUGGUUUUCUACAGACUGAAGGCUGCAGACUGAAGAGAUUGAGAUUGUGGGGCUGCAGUUUGUCAGAGGCCAGCUGGACUUCUCUGUUCUCAGCUCUGAAGUCCAACCCGACCCAUCUGACAAGACUGGACCUGAGCAGCACCAACCUGGAAGGUUCUGGACUGAAGGAGCUCUGUGGUUUUCUACAGACUGAAGGCUGCAGACUGAAGAGAUUGAGAUUGAACGAAUGCAGUUUGUCAGAGGCCAGCUGGACUUCUCUGUUCUCAGCUCUGAAGUCCAACCCGACCCACCUGACAGAACUGUACCUGAGCAGCACCAACCUGGAAGGUUCUGGAGUGAAGGAGCUCUGUGGUUUUCUACAGACUGAAGGCUGCAGACUGGAGACAUUGAUAUUGAAGGACUGCAGUUUGUCAAAGAUCAGCUGUGAUUAUUUGGCCUCAACUCUGAAGUCCAACCCGACCCACCUGACAGAACUGGACCUGGGAGGAAACAGACUGAAGGAUUCAGAUGUUCAGCAGCUGAAGAAUCUUAAAGACUUUAAUGUUCUGAUCUCUAUGAAGUAGAAAAUUGUCUCAGUGUCCUGCUGAUCCUCAGAGGUUGAAGCUGCAGCAGUUUGAGUCUAAAGAGACUCUGACUGGAUCAUGAUGAUGACCUCUGACCUCCAAGGUUUUCCUCCCGUUUAUUUUCUCGUGUCUGUCAUUUAGUGUCUGAUAUUGUUUGUCUCUUUGGAUCAAUAAAGAUCCAAUUCAAACUGGGCUCCAUUUAGAGGCUUCAUGGAGUUUUGAUCUGAACUGGAUUCAACUGGAAAGUUGAUCUUUUUUCUCUCUGAUUCAUUUUGAUCCUGGAACCAGAAAUGGUCUGAGAAUGAAAGACACUUCAAACCUCUUUUCUCUGCUGCUUCUUCCUUCUGCUGACAUGAAAAUGUUCCUCAAAGCGCCACAGAUAAAAAGAUGCUUUACUGGAAACUGCAGAGAAACUUCAGCUUCCAUCAGAGAAACCAGUUUAACCAGUUUAGAACUGGAUGUCCUACAGAAACUCUGAUCUUAGAGCAGUUUUCAGGAACAUGUGGAACCUGGAAAAAAAAGAUUUUAUAUAUUUUAUGUUCAUUGUAAAAGCUAAAUCUUGAAGUUUUACGUCAUCAUUGAUUCUCAGCUUUAAUUUCUCUGUUUUGGUUUUUACUUUUUUAACUCCAUAUUUCAUGUUUUGAGUUUUCUAGAGAACUUCAGGCUCUUUACUGUGAUUUUACUGAUUUAUUCAAACCUCAGAGAAUCACUGGGAUAAUGUGCUGAUUGGUUCAUGUUUGAUUUUCAUAAUUCUUCUAAUGCAAUGUGGGUUGCUGGAUGUUUAACGACCAAAUAAAGUUUUUAAAAAAUC